CCUGGAUCCGCCUCUGCUCCCACAGGAAACGAGAAAAGCAAGUGAUCGGUUUUACAGAAAAUAUUUUGUGGAUGCAUUUUUGUAUAAAUGCAAAAAUGCGGCAGCAAAUUCCAAGUGAGAGUGAAAAUACAUCAUUUGAAAAUGUGUCCCAUGAAGUUCCUGUGUAGAGCUGGCCAAAUACGAAAGCAGCUGGAGGGCGGAGGGAUGGCAAUAAACUACAAAGAAGAAGUUGAUGUGUAUAACCUAAAAAUGUGAACUGAGUCAUCAUCACAGUACAAUUCUGUCAUGUACUGUGGUCAUCAUUGGAACUGAGUAAGAUAAAAAAAAUACUGUGAUUGUUGUGAUAAAGAUAAGAUGAAAAAGAGAAUAUUUGUAACUGUAGGAACAACAAAAUUCCCAAAACUAAUUAAUACAAUUACUAACGAGCAAGUAAUUCGUUCUUUUAUAUCUUUAGGGUAUGAUUAUAUUCAAAUUCAAACUGGAAAAGAUGCCAUCAAACCACCAGUUAUUGAUUUACCCCACACAAUAAAGCAAGAAGGAACGUCUCUUAUUAUAGAAAUCCAAGACAAGUUGGUAAUCAAAUAUGAUUCAUACUUCGAAGAUUUCGAACCAGAAAUAGUAAAGAGUGAUUUGGUAAUUAGUCAUGCAGGUGCAGGGACUUGUUUGGAAGUGCUCAAGAAAGGAAAACAUCUGUUAGUUGUAGUUAACGAAGACUUAAUGGAUAAUCAUCAAAGAGAAUUAGCAGGGCAGCUUCAAGAUAGUGGCUACUUAUAUUAUUGUACUUGUGAUACACUCAAUGAGAUGUUAAACAAAAACUUUUCGGAUUUAAAACCAUAUGGGGUUGCUGAUAGAACUUUAUUUUCAACUUAUUUAAAUAAAAGUAUGGGAUUUGCUUAACAUGAUAGUUUUAUUAAAUUUAAUGUAAGAAAUUCACAAUGCUGUAUUUGGACAUGCAGUUUGUUUGAAUUAAACAAGGAAUUGUCAUCAGCAUUGCAUCCUAGAUUCCUAGCACUAAAAUUUACCAAUUUUUUCAUAAUAGUUUAGUCUCUUUGUCAACAGUUGAUUUUGUUCUCUACAUAUUAUUCUAAAUGGUUUUAUACCUCAACCUUCCACAGUUGUUUCUGUUCAUCACUAAUCAUUGCCAAUCUUCCUCGUCCACAUCAAUCUUAGUUUACCUCUACUUCUAUUUCCUACUGGUACCACUAAUAGAGUCCAUCUGGGUGAGCAAUUUUCAUUUGCUCUUGACACAUUAUGUCCAGUCCAUAUAUUUUUGUGGAAGAUAUUACAUCUCUCCCAUUUAAUAUUUCUUUAUACCUCUAAUAAAAUUCGAAGUUAUAUUGACUUCUCCAAAUACCAUUCUCACAGAUUGUGCCAAUGAUUCUUCUUAGUAUCUUCCUUUCAAAGACAAGCAAAUGGUUCAUGUUUCUGGCCCAAAUGUCAGCACUGGUAGUAUGAGUGUUCUAUAACAUAUUGUUCAUUUGGUUUAAAUUUCUGUUGGUUUAGUCCAAAAUAACAUUAUUUGUUCAUUCCAUUUUUAUUUAACAUUUCAACAAAUCUCCCUUUUUGUUCAGGGGCUAUAAAAUGACAGUACACUAUUCCUUUGGCGAAAAUAUCAUGGACAGAACAUGUCACAAACAAAGAGGUUCUGAGAAAGAUGAAUAAAGAAAUGGAAGUCUUAAAUACAAUCAAAACCAGAAAAUUGGAAUAUCUUAGACAUAUUACACGUGGAGAGAGAUACAAUUUGCUCCAAUCAUUAUGCAGGGAAAGAUUCCAGGAAAAAAAGCAUAGGGAGAUGCAGAAUAUCGUGGCUGAGCAACCUGAGAGAAUGGUAUGAAUGAACAUCAAAUGAACUUUUCAGAGCAGCCGUCUCCAAAGUCCAAAUAGCUAUUAUGAUUGCCGACCUCUGUUGUGGAGAUGGCACUUGAAGAAGAAGAUUCCUUUGGCAUUUGUUCUUCCCAAAUUUUGACCAUUAUGCUGUACAGUAGAGCGUCGAUAAUCCGAACUAAUUGGUACAGGGGUAGUUCGGAUUAUCAAAUUGUUCGGAUUAUCAAACAUAUCGUCGGUAUACUGCGAAAACCAGAUAAAUGACAAAUUUUAAAAUGUUGAGUUAAGUAUACCAAAAUUCUCAGCUUUUUAUGCUCUACAUACAGGUAAAACUCCAUAAAUGAUACAACUUACCAUUCAGCAGAUAAUUUGUGUAAUAAACAAAUAAGUUACACCUAACCAACUUUUCAUUUUCAAAUAAAACAAUAUAUCGCUACUUAAUUCCAUAAAAAAUCAAAGUUCUGUUGCAUGUAAAACCAACUAAGCGCACAUUUAUAUUUGUCGGACAAUAAUAUAUUUCUACUGCUGUAUAUCUACCAUAUUCAGUAAAAAGGUGAUCUUUAAUACAGUGUGAUUUAUUUUGAUUUACAGGUAAAACCAGGUAAGUGAUUGCACCUGGAUCUUAAACUUAGGUUUAAUCAGCUAGGUCUCUUAACUUUUUCAAACUAAUGAUAGAAUAUUAUUUCUGAUAUAUGCAUCUUUCACUAGCAUAUCGAAUAUCAUAACACAAAUGAUCCGCUUAAUUCAAAAUAAAGCACUAAACUUUAAAAACGUUUUUUCUUGAUUUCGGUAUUUCAACAUUUACCUGGUUUUCGUAGUAUACCGACGAUAUGUUCAAAAUACAUACAAAGCUACACAUCAAGACAAUAAACAACUCUAUUUAAAUCAUCAUCUGUAUUGUAACUAAUUGUCAGUGAUAUUGUGAUUACCGCCACAUACAAAUAUUUUUUUUUUAAUUAUUGUCUUGUAUUAAUUAUAACAAAAAACAUAUACUGUAUUAAUGUUUAUUAUUUGUGUAAAUUGGCUGAAAGACUUCGGUCGAUGGCCUUUUGGUACAUUGUAUCAAUAAAGUAUGUCUCUCUCUCUACAUACAAAGCUCAUAAACAUAGUACAUAUAUUAUGUACAUACGUUUUAGUUACAAGGAAUAAAACACCUGCAUAAUAAACAAAUAUAUUGUAUGUUUUUCUGCAUAAAUAAAACAAAAAUCCGCGGUCAUAUUUUGCCCAUAUUGUCAUUAACCUUUCGUUACUCGCGUCAACUUUUUGUGAUCGGAUACUCGCACACGGUGCAGGAGACCGGGUCCAAAAAUAUGGGUCAGCAGUGUUUUAAAAUUAUUUUUUUUUGCAAAAUUGUGUACGAUUAAAUUAUUUAAUGAAUAUAUGAUCAUAUAAUUUUGUAGAUAUGCGUUUGUGUUCACAUUAUAUUACUUUAAUCAAAAAUUUAAUAAUUUUCAUUGUUAUCCAUUUAUAUGUAUAUACAAAAACUUUGGAAGUGAAAAAAAAUUGAAUAUGGUUAAAUUUGUUUACUAAGAACUUUAGAUCUUAAUUCAAUACACAAAAAAAUUAAAAAUAAAGAGUA